AUGAGCCGGCUCUGCCUCUCCGCAGCCCUUCUGGUCCUCCUGGGCACCCUGGUGGCCGGCACCCCAGAGGAUCGCUAUUUGACCCUUGUCCGGGUUUAUGGUCCAGGCCUGCGCCCUGCCUUCUGUCUGCAGCCUCCAUACACUGGUCCCUGCCGGGCCAUGUUCACCAGGUACUUCUACGACGCCGUGUCCGGGCUCUGCCAGACCUUUACUUACGGCGGAUGCAGAAGGAAGCAGAACAACUUCCUGAAUGAGAAGGAGUGCAUCAGCACCUGUGGUGGCCGCAACAGGGCCAAGGACUGGGCCUACCAGGUGUAG